CGAGCAUAUUCGCAGCAUUCAUUCCUAGUUUUAUCGAAUCUGUCUUUACCUGAGUCGCCAUUCAAUACACAGCAAUGAAGUUGGUUCUUGCAUUAUUGUGUGUUGUCGGAGUUGUGUACGGACAAGUACCAAGACCAUGUCUUGCACCACCUCUCUGGGAAGGAAAGAUUGUUGAGAUUGACCCCUCUAAAAAGUUCGAGACGAGAGCAAGGGUUGCAUACGAUGCAUAUAAUGAACGAUUCCAUUCGAUAGAGGAAGUCAACUUAAAUGACAAGAAAGAGUUCUACUCCUCACUGUUCUUGCAUAAAGAGCGUAAAGAAUAUAACCUGAACCUUAAAACUGGAAAAUGUACCUCCAAAGAGCUGACCAGACCUUUCCACUAUAUUGGUAUCCCGGAAAAUGCUACAUUCUAUGGUGAAACAAUCAUUGGAAGUUUAUCUGCACCGGGUGAAGGUGUUACUGUACAGUUGUGGGGCGGCACUACUUCUGAAGGCUCCCGCUAUGCUGGUACUUGGACGGUUAGAGGUUGUAUCCCUGUUCACGAUUCAUAUUUCAGUGAACAUACUGGAUUCAUUUCAACAAGCUUCUUUGAUGUUGUUGCUGGCAUCCACGACCCAGAAGUGUUCAUUCCACCCAAAGAAUGUCUAUAAAUUGCAACUUUUGAUAAAACAACUUCUUUAUAUUCAAUUCAUCUACAGUUGUAAUUCUGAAAAUAUAUGAAGUUUUCAUUGUACUUUAAUUUGUAUUUUAAUCACUAUUUUAUAGACAAAUUAAAAUCAUCUGAAAUGUUAAAUUAUUUGAUCACUACCAUUCUACCAAAAAGAUGGAGACCACUCUGUUUAGAGUGCUUGUGUUUUCUUUUAUUUUUCUGAUGUCUCAAUAUUCAGCUAAUUUUGCUGAAAAUGACUGCUGUAUAAUUUGGGUUUCUGCUUUUCUGCUUGUUAUACAAAUAAAAUUUACCUUAAUAACAGGUAUGUUUUUCUAUAAUGUAAAUUUUAAUUAAAGAAUAAAAAUCCUUCAUUCUUUA